GACAGAGAGAGAGAGAGCAAGACAGAGAGAGGGAGGGGAGGAGGAGGAGGCAGAGCAGCAGCUCCACAGCAUUCUCAGCGACAUCAUCAAGCUACCAACCAAAACAGGCGCUUCAGCGAGACAGACAGAGAGAAUAUAAUUUUAUUCCUGUAAUCCAUUUCUUUUUGUGUUUUUGUGGUAUUUUUAUCUCACGCUAUCUACUGCAUCACUCUACGUUACGGUGCUUUUAUCGUAUGGCCAGACAGAGACAGUCUGUGAUGUAGACAGAUACGCAGACGGAGAAUGACAGCGAGACAAGAGGAGAAGCUGUGAGAAAAGGAUCCAUAACAACAGAGAGUGUGAGAAGCAACGUGAGAGAGAGAGAGAGAGAGAGCAAGAGAGGGAGAGAGAGACAGAGACAGAGAGACAGAGAGACAGAGAGACACAGAGAGAGAGAGAGAGAGAGAGAGAGAGAGACAGAGAGACAGAGAGACAGAGAGACAGAGAGACAGAGAGAGAUAAAACAAGGAUGCUGUGGAUUGAAUGAAAGAAGGAACUGGACAGUCCUAAAUCUGUCCUCUGGAUGCGAGCGUCUGCUCCUCUCCUCCACCGCAGUGCAGCAAGGUAAAACACACCACGGAUCUCAUCGGCUGCUACGCGCUCACAGUCCCCGACACACUCUCCCUUCGGCCCAGAAGGAGGAGGAGGGGGAACAGCUGGAUGUGGAGGGUGUUGGGGGAGCAUCAGGAGCAGGACAGGGGGGGCAGACCUAGCAGUGGAGGAGAAUGGGAGCUGAGCAGUCCCUGGAAGAUGGACAGGCCCCCAGUCUAAUCAAGGAGCAGACAGAGACCAUGAGCUCAGACUCUGACGGAGCGUUCGAGACACCGGAGUCGACCACACCUGUCAAGUCCCCCACUGGAGAGACAGACCAUCAUACCCAGCUGCUGACCUCAGAAGACACCGGUCUUGGCUGUGACUCUGAGGCAGAUGGUGAACCCGUGUCAGAAGCUAAAGGUCACCAUGGUAGUUCCCUGUCCAUAGUCUUUGACGAGGACAAGCCCAUAGCUGCUAGCGGAGCCUAUAACCUAGACCAGCUCAUAGCUGCUGCUGCUGCUGCUGCUGAAGCCCAGAGCCGAUCUCUAACCCGAUCUCUGAGCCUCCAGGCUGGGGAACUAGACGGCUGCGGACCCCUAGACAGCGCAGGAUCCUCCCUCUCAAUCGCAGACUCCCGUCCCUUGGCUGAGGCCUUUAGUAUCGACAGUGGUACUGAGAGUGCUCCUGGGACCCUCCGCAGACCGUCCAAGAAGGGGCCUCUCCACACUGGCGGCUCCCUGAAACAGAAGGCUCUCCUCAGGCAGAGCUCUAACCCAGAGAGCCCCCAACCUCCAUCCUCUGGUAUCACACCGGAGCUGAAAAAGAGCACCAGAGCAUCUAGCCCCCUAUUGGGCUCCGAGGACCAGGAAGUAGGAGGAGCCACUACAGACUCCGGCCCUGCCUCGGCCACGCCCAGUCCAGGAGGCACGCUCCGCAGAACCAGGAAGUCACGCGUGGAAAGCCCCGCCGCUCUCAUUGAAGAGACCAAUCACACUAGCCCAGCGGCAGAUAACCAACCAAUCCCAACCCCUACUCCUGUUCCGACCCAGGCCAUUUCCAUACCCGUCCGACAGGAGGAUACCCCUAUCCCAGUGCCGGAAGCCCCUCUCCCAGCCAGUGAGGGCUCCUCUCCCAUCCCCCCUAGUGGGGCCUACAAAUGGGACCCAGACAACUUUGAGGACAUCGACCCAUUCAACACCGGAGGUAGUAAAGUCGCUAACUCCCCUCCGUUGGGACGGAAAGGAGUCGCUAACUCCCCUCCGUUGGGACGGAAAGGAGUCGCUAACUCCCCCCCAUUGGGACGGAAAGAAGUCUCUGCGUCCAUUGCUCAUAAAACUGUCACCCCUGUGUCUAACCCCCCUCCUGUCUCUACUGAGGAACAAGCUCGUCCCUCUACCAGCCCCCCUAUUCGCACCUCAGGGGCGGUCAGACUGGAGUUUGACUAUUCUGAGGAGACCCUCGAGGAGCCUCCUAAGGCCUCUCCACCUCCCAAGAAGCUGGGCAGGAAGCCAGGCUCCAAGAUGCCUCUGAGGAAGCCCAGGAUGGGCCUGAAGAAGGUCGUCCAGCCACCAUCGGAACCCCUUGACAACACGCUCGCCACCAUUCCCGGUGAUGACCUCCCUAUCCAUAAGGCUUCCUAUAAUUUUGACCCCGCCCAGUGGGACGACCCUAACUUCAACCCGUUCGGCUCCAACAGCGAGAUCCCCGUCUCUCCCAAGCUGAACAAACCCUCCCAUAGAUUCGACUCUGACACCUUCGACGAGUCUGCUGCCUUCAAGUCCUCCUCCAACAGCAUGGCUGCGUCUCCGCCCACGGCUGCCUCAGGCUCCGCCUCCUUUGAGGUGUCGGCCAAUGACAAUGAGGUUGAUAACGAUAAUGAUAACGUUGGGGAGCUGGAGGACCACAACCAGAACAAACCAUCCAAAACGAAGAAGAAACCUAUCAAAUCGAACACUUUCAGAGUCAAGAGGUCCCCAAAGAGGGCGGCCAUGUCUGAUCCAUCAUCACAAGAGCCCACCCCAGUAGAUGAAGCCCAGCCUCCUAUCCCCCCGCUACAGGACGACCACGCCACAGACGAGGAGAAGCUGGCCUCUUCCUCCAAUCACAAAGAGAAGCUUGCUUCCUCAGCCAAUCACAAAUGGGCAUCCAUGGAGGCGGAGCUAACCUCUGACCCCCAGGAGGACUUCCCGCAGCCAUCUGACCUCACAGCCUUUGUCAACGAGAACAAUCGAGUGCCAGACUAUGAGAUUGAGUACAUGGAGAAGAUCGGCCCCCCUUCGCCGACUCUGUUUGUGAAGAAACCUUCGACUCUCUACCUGAAGCUGGACUCUGUGACAGACAGCCUGACCAAGCCUAACCAAGGAUCAGAACUCAACUCUCCCUGCACAGGGUACAACACACUGGGGAGUUUUGAGGAGAUAGAGGCCCAGAUCACAGCCCAGAUGAAGACUCCUGUGCUGGGCUCCAGACCUGGUCCAGAAGGGUCUCGACCCGGUCUUGAGGGGUCCACUGGAGAGAAAGAGAAGACCAGGAAGAGAGAGAGCCAGUCACUCAGCCGGACACAGAGCACAGACAUUGAGCAUGGUGCGAAACCCACCCAGGGCUCUAUGGAGGUCCAAGGUCCAGCCCCUGGCCCAUCCCCAGACGUACCCUUCUUAGCCAGGCUGUCUGAGUGCCCUGACCCCCAAGCCUACCUGGAGGCUGUGGAGACUGACCUGGCAGAGACCAACCCCACUGCCUUCGCCCUCAAACUACAGGAGGAACUGGUUCUAGCUGCUCUGAGGAUAGAGGCUCUGCAGGUAGCCAAAUACAUCUCAGACAGCCCCUCCCUCUCCACUGUCACCCCCCAGCAGAGAGACAGAGAAGUGAUGUCAUCAACACUGGACAGGGACUGCGUGGAUACCAAGAGUUCUCUCUACACCCGGACAGCGGGCUACGGAGAGGGGGAGAGGGAGAGCCCCUACCCACCCAAAGACAUGGAGCACUCCCUGGGCAUCGCACGAGAAGAGAUCGUGUCCAAGGAGAAGGAGGUACUGGAGUGGCAAAGGAAGUACGAGGACAGUCGACAGGAAGUGCUGGAGAUGAGGAGAAUCGUGGCAGAGUAUGAGAAGACCAUUGCACAGAUGAUUGACGAUGAGCAGAAGGAUAAGUCUCUGUCUCACCACACCAUCCAGCAGCUGAUCGUAGAGAAGGACCAGGCUCUUUCAGACCUCAACUCAGUAGAGAAGAGUCUGGCUGAACUGUUCAGACGAUACGAGAAGCUGAAGGACGUCCUCGAGGGCUACCGCAAGAAUGAGGAGGUGCUGAAAAAAUGCGCUCAGGAGUACCUGUCCAGGGUCCGUAAGGAGGAACAACGUUACCAGGCCCUGAAGAUCCACGCCGAGGAGAAACUAGACAAGGCGAACUCCGACAUCGCCCAGGUGAGAAUGAAGUCCCGUCAGGAGACAGCAGCGUACCAGGCCUCUCUCAGGAAGGAGACUAUGAAGGUGGACUCACUGGAGAGAACUCUUGAGCAGAAGAACAAAGAGAUCGAAGAACUGACCAAGAUCUGUGACGAGCUGAUCGCCAAGAUGGGAAAGAGUUAGCAACACUGAAUACGUCCAUGUCUCCAGGGCCCGAGGGGAAGGAGUGGUAGAAGAAUAGAAGAAAGAACCACAUCCUCUCUCUUUUUCUCUUUUACAUCCAAACCUUCCCUUUGGACUGAUGGGCAGCUGGACAGAUGGACAGUUGAAGCCAAAGUGGUUUCUGGAUUAAAUAUACUACUGACUGACCGUGUACAUGUAUCCACUGGCAUCAUUGCACCCCCAGAGUAUUGGGGAGGGUCAAUGGUUUUCUUCUGUUUCACCCAGUACAUUUUGAUGUGCCAAUGUGCAAAACAUGUCCUGUAUCAGGGAUCCGGUGAAAGAGUGUUUUGAAAUGUACUCUAUAUCAUACAUGAGAGAGAGUGUGUGGGUGUGUGUGGUGUGUGUGGUGCGUGGGUGGGUGGGUAUGUACAAGUGUGCAACUCAGUCUCAUGUACACAUUUACAGUUUGUACACAUGUUGGGUGGUGUGUGUGUGUGUGUGUGUGUGUGUGUGUGUGUGUGUGUGUGUGUGUGUGUGUGUGUGUGUGUGUGUGUGUGUGUGUGUGUGUGUGUGUGUGUGUGUGUGUGUGUGUGUGUGUGUGUGUGUGUGUGUGUGUGUGUGUGUGUGUGUGUGCGUGCGUGCGUGCGUGCGUGCGUGCGUGCGUGCGUGAUAGAGAGAAAGGUGAGUGCAUUGAUUGAAGAUAGACCGAUAUGCGAUGUGGUUGCCAUGACAGCAAAUGAUGGGGAAAUACGGUUGCCUCCUCCAACUCCUGCUGUGUCUUCAAUCCUAGAGAGUGAAACACAGAGGAAAAGAAAACCAUAUAUAUAGAAUAAAUCAAUGAAUCGUUCAGUUAAUAAGAAAUAUACUUGAUCACAGAGAACUGCAUGUGGAAGUAGAAAAAUAUAAACGUCCUUUUUGUUUUGUAAGUAGGAAGUUGAUGAUUAUAAUAGAGAGAUAUAUAUAUAUAUAUAUCUGCAUUUUGAUACAAUAUUGUGUUUAAAUGGCUUCCCUUGGUCGUGUUAUCGUGCAGAUACUUUGUGAGGCCUAAUUUUAUGUCAUAUCUUUUCUUGGAGAAAAAAACUAAAACGUGUGAUGGGAUUUUAUUUAUUUUAAUUUUAAUAUUGAUGACGAUGAACGGUAAUUAUUCCUGUAUUAAUCAGGUGUUGGGACUGAGGGUAGGUAAAGUAAUUCAAUCUUGGAUCUCUAUGUCACAGUCCUGUUAUAAUUGAUGUGUUCACAAGGUGGAAGCAAUUGAAAAAAAGAGCUCUGCACAGCUACACGUCUGGGUUCAAAUGUUGAGUGUUUGUUCUGUCCUAGAGUGCCAAAUGUGCGGAGUUUGCCGUUUUGGGACUAUUCUAUUAAUCUGUUAAACCAGGCAAGAUCAAUCAAGCACAGAUAAUGUAAUUGAAUUGAUUUCUAAUAGUAUUUGAACCCAGGUCUGCACAGCUAUAGUGUACAGCAUCUGAAACGUGAAAUAAAGGAUGACAAUAGAAAUAUGGGAUGUGGCUUCUUUGAAAAACAAGAAACAAAACAACAAGUGAUUAGGACAGCGUUUCCCAACCUAGGGGUCGCAACACCAUGUGGGGAGGAAAAUGAAAACUGCACGCACGCACGCACGCACGCACUCACACACACACACACACACACACACACACACACACACACACACACACACACACACACACACACACACACACACACACACACACACACACACACACACACACACACACACACACACACACACACACACCUAGGAUUCUCAGUGCUGUGGGAAUGACAGAAACGGUCCCUGUGUGUCGUUUAUUUCAGAAGCCCUCUGUUCAUUUUUUAAACGUUUGCAGUGUGCAUAUGCCUUCACACUCAACAGAGUGAAUUCAACACUAAAUGUUAACAUUUAGACCAUGUUUCUGUCACCCUAUACAGAGUAGAAAAUUAACACUGGCUGUGUGAAAUUCACAAUACGCUGGAGUGAACUAAUUAGUAUUUCACUCUACUCUGAAGUGAAAUAUAAAUUGCACUCACUCUACAAUGGAAUAAAGUGUAAUUAAACGGUGUGAUACAUUU